AUUCCCCCAUUACAUACAAAAUCCCUUUCGCACGUGCGCUUUCAGUGUGUCCCUUUUCCGACCAGCUGGACGUCCGGUGUGUCCUUUCCGAUCGUUCUUGUUCCCUCAGGAAUGGCGUCAAGUGAAUAUGACGGCGUCUAAGAAAAGUUCCUACGCGAAAUUCAAACCAUUAUCGCCAGCAAUGGAUCUUCACCAGAUAUAAAACCAACAACACACCUAUUUAUCAUUUUAUUUUUUGAAAAUUAAUUUCGCACAACACUGAUAAAAUACAAAAUCCGUCAUGCUAGAGCCAUAUUCGCCCAGUUUGCUGUGGCUUGUUAUCCUGGGAUUCGUCAUUGCGUUCGUGUUGGCUUUCGGCAUCGGCGCCAACGACGUUGCCAACUCGUUCGGCACGAGCGUCGGCUCCAAAGUACUUACCAUCGCGCAAGCGUGCUGGCUGGCGACUUUUUUCGAAGUAGCCGGAGCGGUCCUAAUCGGUUAUAAAGUGUCUGAUACAAUGAGAAAAGGCAUCUUAGACGUCAACGUUUACAAAGACUCGGAAAUGGAACUGAUGCUCGGCUCGGUUGCGGCUCUGGCUGCCAGCGCCACCUGGUUGAUGGUAGCCACAUUUUUUAAACUGCCAAUUUCGGGCACGCACAGCAUAGUAGGCGCCACGGUCGGUUACAGUUUGGUCGCUAGAGGCGCUCAAGGCGUUCAAUGGCAAACUUUAGGCAAAAUCGUAAUUUCCUGGUUCAUUUCGCCAUUAUUAAGCGGUCUAUGUUCAGUCGGUCUUCUACUAGUAAUCAAAAAAUUUAUAAUUUCCAAACCGGAUCCGCUCGAAGCCGGUUUAAUCUCGCUUCCGCUCUUCUACAGUUUCACCAUUUUGGUCAACGUAUUUUCCAUCGUCCAUGACGGACCCAAACUGCUCCACAUGGACAACAUUCCUUUGUGGUUAGCUGCCACUAUUAGCCUCGCGGUGGCGCUAGUGUGCAUGGUCUUCAUAUGGCUGGUGGUGGUACCGUGGCAACGUAAGAAAAUCAAAAUGGAAAUGGUCAGCGUCGAUGUCAAUAAUCAAGUUUGUUUCAAUAUCGGGGAAUCGUCAGAUACGUCACCGGAAAGUAGUCCGAACAAGAAAUCGAACCGCAACUCGGCAUAUUCGGAACGUCAAUUAACCGUAAUUUCGGAACACACCGAAUUGCAGCACUUGGAUGGUAAAAUAGCGGCCGCAAAGUAUGUCUUUCCAUUGCAAACUAGUGAUAAAAACGGUUAUAUACAAGCUAAAGAGACUGAAAUACUUUCGAGGCCAAACGAUUUAAAAAUACCAGAACCCGCCACUGUUAUCAAUCCGACAUUGUCUCCUAAUUCAAGCGGAGUGCCACUGAUAAGAGACAAAAGUUACACCAGCAACGAAACUCAGCCUCGUCAAAAUCCCGAAUCAGUGUCGUCCGAAGAUGACGAGAAUCCGAGUGUUUCGAAGCUGUUCAGCUUCCUGCAAGUUCUGACAGCUAUUUUUGGUAGCUUCGCGCAUGGCGGAAAUGACGUCAGCAACGCCAUCGGACCUCUAAUCACUCUGUGGCUGAUUUACUCUGAGGGCAGCGUGGCUCAAAAAUCUGAAACUCCUUUGUAUAUUUUGCUUUACGGAGGAGCCGGGAUUUCCGUGGGAUUGUGGCUGUGGGGCAGGCGAGUCAUCGAAACUAUCGGAGAGGAUUUGACAACUAUAACACCUUCAACUGGAUUUACAAUAGAAAUCGGCGCAGCCUUCACAGUAUUACUAGCGAGCAAAAUCGGCAUUCCAAUUUCCACGACCCACUGCAAAGUAGGCUCAGUCGUUUUCGUCGGCUACUUCAGUGCGUCGAAAAAGGGGGUCGAUUGGAGUCUUUUCAGGAACAUUAUCUACGCUUGGGUGAUAACGGUGCCCAUUGCCGCCCUCCUAUCGGCCGGUUUGAUGUUCCUACUCAGUUACCUACUUUAAGUUUUCAAAUAGAGCUGUGGUGUUAGGUUAUAAAAAAAAAAUAAAGAAAAAUCGGUGUUUUAUCCCAUCAAUUGAUAUUUACUAUUAUUUUAAAAACAAAUUGGCAACGUUGCAAUUUCUGUGUCAAAUCAUUUAUUUAUUCUACUAUAAAUACGUACACACCUAAUUUACAACUAAUUUAGUUUUUAAACAACUAAUUUCCAAUAAAAAUAAUAUUAAUUAUACAAAAGAAAAGUUAAAAAAAUCAAAGUGUGGCAACGUUGCAACGAUAACUGAAAAUUAAAGCAAUAAAAAAAAAAUACAAGUUGGGUUUGCAACGUUGCAAAAAAAUUUAUUUACAUAAAAUUCCCUAAUUAAUUAUCAUCAUCAAUAAUGGUGAUCUCGUUGACGUUUUCCUCAAUUGUGACCUCAUUGACGUCCUCCUCUAGAGUGACCUCGUUGACAAAAACCUCUUCAGGCUGACUUUGAACCGAUUGACGGAAAAUGUCUUCGCUCAAAAAUUGAUUUUCAUCCAUGACUUCUUCUUCUGUCAUUUCUUCAGUGAUUUCGUCGUCUUGAAUUUCGUGAACGAUUUCGGAAUCAUCGAAAACUGU